UGCCUCGUAUCUCAUACCCCAAAAACCAAAUCAAAGUUUCUUCCUCAGUUCUUCUAUCUCUCAGAUACAAAAAAUGACGACAGGCAGAGAGAGCCUUUGGGUUUUCGCUUUAGCUUCAAAUUGCAAAUAUUUCACGUCCCCAAUCAACUCCAUAUACUUUGCACUUGUUUUUCUUCUUGUCUGGUUAGUCAUGAACAUGAUUUACUGGACUCACCCUGGGGGUCCAGCUUGGGGUAAAUACAAAUGGAGAAAUUAUUUGGUAGCACCAAAGCCAAUACCAGGCCCAAGAGGUUUUCCUCUUAUAGGAAGCAUGAACCUUAUGACUGGUUUAGCACACCAAAAAAUAGCAGCCGUAGCAAAAUCAUGCCAAGCCAAGCAUCUCAUGUCCUUCAGCCUAGGUGAAACCAGAGUUAUUGUAACGUGUAAUCCAAUGGUAGCAAAGGAAAUACUGAACAGUUCAGUGUUUGUUGACCGUCCAGUAAACGAGUCAGCUUACAGACUAAUGUUCAACAGAGCUAUUGGUUUUGCUUCUUAUGGUGUCUACUGGCGAACACUUAGAAAAAUUUCAGCCACGCACUUGUUUUGUCCUAAACAAAUCAAAGCCUCUGAGGCGCAAAGGUGCGAAAUUGCGAAACAGGUGAUCGAUAUUUUCAAAGCUGGCGGUUCCCGUGACAAUAUACGGGUUAGGGAUGUUCUGAAAAAGGCUUCUGUAAACAAUAUGAUGUGUUCUGUUUUUGGCCGCAACUACAGUCUCCUCGAUGAUUGUAACGAAGAGCUGAGCGAGUUAGUAGAUGAAGGUUAUGAGCUUUUGGGAAUGCUCAAUUGGUCGGAUCACCUCCCUUGGUUAGCUGAAUUUGACCCGCAGAAAAUACAGGUCAGGUGCUCACGGCUCAUGCCUAAAGUAAACCAGUUUGUGGGCAAGAUCAUCGACGAGCACCGGGCUCAACCUAGCAAUGGUAACCGUGAUUUUGUGGAUGUUUUGCUCUCACUUCCGGACUCCGAAAGAUUAUCAGACUCUGAUAUGAUUGCCGUACUCUGGGAGAUGAUAUUUAGAGGGAGUGACACGGUGGCAGUAUUAAUAGAGUGGAUAUUAGCACGGAUGGUACUUCAUCCUGAUGUUCAGUCAAAGGUACAAGAGGAGUUGGACAGGAUUGUUGGAAGAUCAUGUCGUCCAAUCAUGGAGUCCGAUGUAAUGAACAUGGUUUAUCUGCCAGCCGUAGUCAAAGAAGUACUUAGAUUGCACCCUCCGGGCCCACUGUUGUCAUGGGCCCGCCUAGCAAUAAAGCACGUGAUAGUGGACGGGUAUCACGUGCCUGCAGGCACUACGGCCAUGGUGAACAUGUGGGCCAUCACGAGGAGUGAAGAGGUUUGGACGGAUCCACUUGAAUUUAAGCCCGAGAGGUUCAUGAACGAGGCCGAGUCCGAGCUUGUGGAUUUCUCGGUGUUGGGGUCUGACUUGAGACUGGCUCCAUUUGGUUCUGGAAGGCGAACCUGUCCAGGAAAGACACUUGGCUUGACCACUGUCACUUUUUGGGUAGCAUCGUUUUUGCAAGAGUUUCAACUUGGGCCUACUGAUGAAGCUGAAACUGUUGACUUGUCUGAGGUACUAAGGCUUUCCUGUGAAAUGGUCAACCCGCUCACAGUGAGGGCGCGGCCAAGACGCACUCCAUGAAGAUCGAGCACUCGCCAAGAAAUGUAACGAAACCUUGUAGGUUAUCUGGAAUAUUUUGUGUUUUAAGUACUACUAUAUUGUAGUGCUACUUUAAAUAAAAUUAUACUUUAAUUGUUACUAGUACUUUAUAUUAUGUAGUAACAAUUAAUCUUAUUCGGAGCACGGAUGUACAGAUGAUGGUUAAAUCAAUAUAAGUUUCAACUAAGACAUA